AUGCAGUGGGGCGGUCCUGAAGAGCAGGCAGUGGAGUGUGCUGUGGGGAAUCUGAAUGCUGUUGAUUGGUACAAUGAGGCCCUGAAAGUAGUUGAGUCGACUAUGACAGAAUAUGCGAAGCAUGGACCCAAGGCACUUGCCCAUACCAUCAUCACAGCAGCCAAGUCCAACUCCCACAUUAUCGAAUCUGAGUUUGAUCGUCACCAUCGUACACUGGUGGAACAGGCGUCCUGUGAUCAUCAUGCAGACUGGCAUGCUGAGCUUCGCCGUUAUCUCAGUGAUGUUCCAGAUGAUGUGUCGAAAGACACUGAUGUUGUU